CAGGUGACCUCAGCAGCUACUCGAAAGACUUAUCGUGUCGAGUCUGUACCGCGAGGCUUCGUGUAUAUCUUCAACAAUAAGUUCACAGGUCAAGAAGACGAGCGCGUCGGUGCUGAACUGGAUUCAGUGAAUCUGAAGGGAACUUUCACUGCACUGGGUUAUGCAGUCUUCCUCAGAGAAAAUUUCAAAGCUCAGCAGAUUAAAGACGAGUUGGACAGCAUCAGGGCGGAUCGAAAACUGAAUGACGUCGAUGCGCUGAUCUUCUUCUUCCUCAGCCACGGAAACUCUCCUUACAGCUUCCGCGGGAACGACAACAAGGACUUGGACCUGCGGGGCCUCCGGCGGAAAUUCGCAGACUCGAAGUGCCCUCAGAUGAAGGGAAAACCCAAGGUCUUCUUCGCCAACUACUGUCGAGGUGAUCGAUUCCAGAAGAGGAUUGAAUUCGAUGGCGCCCAUGAAUACGAUGACGGUAGCGUCGAGGCCCCGCGAGACAUGGUGACUAUCCAAGCUGCCAUAGAAGGUGUCAAAGUGCUUAGGAGCGAAGGACUAGGAACGUAUUUUGUCAAGUGUUUGUGCGACAUCCUGCAACACCACGGUAGAUCCAAGAGCCUUAAGGAUGUGUAUCACGAGUUGGACGUAAGAACACAGGAGAUGGGAGGCACGCAACCCAUGUGGGAAGAUUAUGUUUUUCACGAGUUUUUCUUUUAAGUCAGUGUACUAUGUGGGACGUAUCUGAUGUUCUACUUAACUUCAUGCAAAUAUGAAUUGUAAAAUCGGACAGGUAUUGUAAAAAUGCCUAGUCAUUAGACAUUCUUUGAUAUAUGUAAUAAAAGACAACAGUCAUAAUAAUAGCAAUGACAACAAUAAGUCUAUAGACCUAAUAAAACAAGAAUCGAUUUA